AUUUUUAUUUAGUUGAGGUCAUUGAAGAGCACGUAAGAACUGACACUGUGCAACAAAUGGACGGUCCAUCAUCAAAUAAUGGGCGAAGACCUCCAACUUCACCAUAUAUCAAGAUUGUCGAACAGCCUGCUUCAAAAGCUUUGAGGUUUAGAUAUGAGUGUGAAGGAAGAUCAGCUGGAAGUAUACCUGGAGUUAAUAGUAGCUCUGAAAAUAAAACCUAUCCAACAAUUCAAAUAGUAGGUUAUAAAGGCAGGGCUGUUGUUGUAGUAUCAUGUGUCACAAAAGAUAGACCAUAUAGACCUCACCCCCAUAACCUUGUAGGACGUGAUAACUGCAAAAGAGGAAUUUGUACUAUAGAAAUCAAUAACGAAUCAAUGACAGCUAGUUUUCAGAAUUUGGGAAUACAGUGUGUAAAAAGAAAAGAUAUUGAUGAGGCACUCAAAGUACGAGAAGAAAUAAGAGUAGAUCCAUUUAGAACUGGAUUUUUACAUAAAGAGAAUCCAACUUCAAUUGACUUAAAUGCAGUAAGGUUGUGUUUUCAAGCAUUUCUUGGUGGUACACAAAAAGGAAAAUAUAGUAUCCUUGAACCAAUUGUAUCAGAUCCAAUUUAUGAUAAAAAAGCGAUGUCAGAUUUAGUAAUAUGUAGAUUAAGUGAUGCAGCAGCUUCAGUUGUAGGUGGUAGAGAAAUCAUAUUAUUAUGUGAAAAAGUAACAAAAGAUGAUAUACAAGUAAGAUUUUUUGAGGAAAAAGAUGGUGUAUGCACUUGGGAAGGGUAUGCUGAUUUUCAAGCUUCAGAUGUACAUAAACAAGUAGCUAUUAGUUUUAGGACUCCAAAAUAUAAAAUAUUGCAGAUUGACGGUCCAGUAAAUGUAUGGAUUCAGUUAAAAAGACCUUCAGAUGGCAUGUCUAGUGAAGCUCGUCCAUUUUUGUUCACUCCRGUCGAUUCAGGUAUGUCCCCUCAGAAAUAUGAUAGGCUACCAGAAAAAAGUUUCAAUGACUACUGGGCAGAUGAUCAACCAGAAGAAAAAGUACCGCUUAGCGUUUUCGAUAAAAAUAAAGAUAAUGAGGAUGAAGAUAUUAAGGUAGAAAUUAAAGAUGAACCUAUGGAGGUCAACGAGGAAAUAUGUUAUGAUAUUAAUAAAGAGAAUAAAGAAGAUACAGUUAGUUCGUCUUCAGAGAUUAUGGGUGAAGAUUUGCGUGGAACUUACUCUAGUCUUCAAAUGGCAUUUAAAAAUCCAUGUUCAAUACCUGAAAGAUGUCAGAGUUAUGAGGAUGUGUCAAUUUUACCACCCAGACCUCCUAGCAGUUCUAAACCAAAGUUUGACAAUAAUACUGCGCCACCAUUGCCUCCAAAAAGAGUUAAAAAAAAUCCUAGACCAACAAAAUAUCUUCCUACAGUGCAAGAAAAACCAUCAAAAAUCAAACUAUUGCAUAAGUUAUUGAGUAUGCGGAAAAGAAGUAAAUCAAUGUGUUCGUCUAAUAGUAGUAUCAAUGAACCUAUUAAUGACACUCCUUUAACAGAAGCAGAAAAUUAUGCCUUAUAUACUUCUGUAGCACCUCAUGCAGCCAUGUCGGAGUUUGACGAAUCAUCUAUGUAUUAUAGCACUGUGGAAGGGGGCACAGUUACAACUGUUAAAUAAUGUAAUCAAAAGAAAAAGUUAACUAUCAUCAUUUUGCUCAACAUUGAUUACCUAACAAAUUGUUGAAAUUAAAAAUAAUAAACGUAUCAGGGUUCUAAAAUAAUUUAAUUUAAUUAUUGACUGGCAGUGAUUAUU